AUGACUUUUGCAGAGUCCUUCCUUCAAGGCUUCUCUACCGUACACAACUCAAUAGGGUACAAAAAAGGAUACAACUUUAUUCUUUGGUUUAUAUUUGCUGGAGCCCUCCUUGGAUUCACUCUUGCUCGUUUCUCAUUCCUGAACUUUGACGUCUUUGAGAGUGAUUCUGUUCCUGGUCAAUGGUACUUCACGCGCAUGGGCCGUGAUAAAGUUGGUCUCCUUCUUCAUCUUGCCGCUGUGCUACCAUGUGGAAUUCUUGUCAUCUUCCAAUUUAUUCCGAUCAUUCGACACAAGUGGAUAUUGUUCCACCGUAUCAAUGGCUACAUCAUCUUUAUCCUGCUUUUGAUUUCACACGCUGGCGCCCUUAUGAUUAUGGAACACUCCUUUGGUGGUGGCGUGGAUAUCCAGUCUGCUGUGAUUACACUUGUCAUAGCCUGCACAGUUUCCUUCUGCCUCGCACUCUACAACAUCCGCUGCAAACAACUCGAACAACAUCGUGCCUGGAUGUUACGCACUAUGUUCUACAUGGGCUGUAUCAUUACCAUCCGAAUCUGCCUCAUCAUCUCUGCGUCUAUUCUUGGAGCCCUCCCGAAUCUACGCCACGACGUGUGGUCAUGCGAUCAAGUCCGGUUCACUUUCUUAAAUGGUGCUUCAGAUGCACUUAAUGCUUUGGAAAAGCUAGCAAAGCUCUUCCCGCAAUGUUCCGCACCAAACUCUACAAACAUCAUGGUUCCAGUCCCUGCUUCACUUAACCUAAGCAACCCUGCUUCGGCUGGUGCAGCAUUCAACCUCAGCUUUGGUACGGCUAUCUGGAUAUCCUUUAUGCUUCACGCACUUGGUGUUGAAAUAUAUCUCCGUCUUACCCCUAAGGAAGCAGAGCGCCUUCGUCAGAUCAGUUAUGAGCGUCAGCUGGCUGCUGGUUUCAAGAAUCCAGGCAGCGCAGGCCUGGUUGUUGAGAAAUUGGGAGAUGCGGAUCCAUGGAAAGGGCCCGUUUAG